AUGCUACAUCUGGGUUCUAUGCAUAUGAAAGAGCUUGCACAUAGUUAUUUUUGGUGGGCUAAGCUAGACAGUGACUUGGAAAGUUUGAAGAACUCAUGUCCUGAGUGUUUAUCUCUAAGAGCAAUGCCGCCUAAGGCAGAACUACAUCCUUGGGGAUGGCCUACUCAUCCUUGGCAUCGACUUCACAUUGAUUACGCUGGACCCGUAGGUGGUCGCUAUUUUCUUGUGGUAGUGGAUGCACACUCCAAGUGGGUGUAUGUGUAUCCUACGUCCAAUAAGUCACCAGCAGAGUUAAUGUUUGGUAGACGCUUACAAUCUCGAUUGGAUCUAUUAUGGCCUGCUGAUGGUGUGUCAUCUACGGUUAUGAACCGUCAGCAAGCACAAAAGACAGAACAUACAGGCACUCCUCCCAAGUUGCACCUCCCACCUGAAUCACCAAUGAUGAUUCAAAAUUAUACCCCAGGAAAUGUAGUAAAAAGGCACCAGGACCAAAUGAUUACUAGAACUAUUCCUCCAUCACCUCAACUGACUCCACUUGUUGAUGCUUCAGCUAAUUUACCGACUAGACCACUUGUUUCAGAUGAAGCAACACAGUUGUCUUCUCCAACUAUUCAGGAGAGUGUGGAACCUGCUAGUCAUACUUCCCCGUAUCCUAGUAGUAUAAGACGGUCCUCUUGGACUAGACGACCUGUUAUUAAAAUGGAUUUGUAA